AUGGCGACCUCGAAAUUUCAAGCUCUGUGGAAUCACCCUGCUGGCCCUAAAACUAUUCAUUUCUGGGCGCCAACAUUCAAGUGGGGCAUUAGCAUAGCCAAUAUUGCCGACUCCACUAAACCACCUGAGAAAGUUUCGUAUCCACAACAGAUAGCUGUUACAGCCACUGGAGUUAUCUGGUCACGCUACAGCACUGUGAUUACUCCUAAAAACUGGAACCUUUUUAGUGUGAAUGUUGCAAUGGCUGCUACUGGCAUCUACCAACUUACACGAAAAAUUCGGCACGACUACUUUAGUGAAGAACAAGCUGCAGUGGCUAAAGAAUGA